AUGCAGGCUUUGCAGGAAGGCGGACGCAGACUCGCGAGGAUUGAAUCUAUUGAUACUAUCACGGCUGAGAAGCAGGAGGCUGCUGUUCACGAGGAAGAAGUACUUGGGAGUACUGAGAUCUAUGAUAAGGAUGGCAACAUUCGGCUUGUACCCACUCCUACUCCUGACCCUAAGGACCCGCUGAAUCUGCCUGAAUGGCGCAAGUGGCUUGCUGUCGCUUCCUUAUGCUUCUUCGGCUCCGUCUCACUUGCUGCCGAAAUCGCUGUUGCUGGCCUCUUACCCGUGUUCAUUCUUGAGUACUCUGGAGUCGAUCCCGCCUCAACUCUCAAACAUGCCGACCUCAAGGGCAACCCGGAUCCUCUGGGCGUUGUGCCACCCGGCGUUACUCCUGUCUCUCUGACGUCUGUCUCUCUUUUGGCAACCAUACCCAUGCUCAGCAACGGUGUUGCAACGUAUCUCUUGGUCCCUCUUACGGCUGCUAUUGGAAGGCGUCCUGUGCUCAUCCUUACAUCGGCUUUCUCGUGGGGCGGCGGUUUCUGGGCCGGAUACAGCAAGUCACUCACUAGUCAUAUUGCUGCUCGAGUCUUCCAUGGGCUAGGAUCUGGUGCUGUUGAGGCCUUGCUUCCCUUGAUUGUUCAGGACAUGAUGUUUUUGCACAAGAGGAACAAAGCUGUGGCGUCCAUCGUUGCCAGUCAGGGCCCAAUGAUUAUGCUCUUCGGGAUUCUGGGUCCAUACAUAGCCGUUAACUGGGACUGGCGCUGGAUCUACUGGAUCACCUCUGCCGUUGGUGUUCUUACCUGGAUUAUGCUCAUCUUAUUCGUCCCCGAAACCCUCAGACAGAGAUCCAAAGCAGAGCUUGCCGGACACCAGCUUUGGCCCAUAACUGCCGGCGAGGACCGCACUCAGCUAGAUUACGCCACGUACGGUGCACGAACGAGAUGGGAUGAUCUUGGUUUCUUCCAGAGCGGGACUCACUGGAAAGAUGCCGGCCUCCAAAUCAUUGCCACUCUGAAGACGACCAUGUUCCCUGCCGUCUUAUGGUGUACCCUGUUGCAGGUUGCUUUUGGGAUGGUUAUGGGUGCUACUGGGCAGGCGACUUCAUUCGCUCUACUAGCUGCUGGUAUUCCCUUCGAACUGACUGGGCUUUCGCAAAUCCCGCAAAUCUUGUCAACUAUCGUCGUAUUCGUUGUCGGUGGGCCAGUCGCCGACUCCGUAUCGCUUUGGAUCUCAAAGAAGAAAGGCGGCCGUGAAGCCGAGCAUCAGCUCCCCAAUCUCAUCUUGCCCAUCUUCUUCGCCAUCACUGGUGCUCUAGUCUUUGGCUAUGCCGACCAGAAUCAUCUCCACUACGCCGUCUUACUUCUCGGAACCUUCUUUCUCAUGACAUCUACCUUAAUCACAGCGCCAAUCGUGCAGAACUAUGUCAUUGAGAGUUACCCCCAGUGGGCUGGUCCCGUGUUGGUUAAUGUCUCCACCUUGCGUGUUUUCAUAUCCUUUCCUCUCAAUACACAAGUAACAACUUGGCUUCAAGAAUUGGGACCUAUGAAGUUCACAGUCUAUUUAUCCAUCAUGCUCUUGGUUGUAUCUACCGGCAUCCCUCUUCUUUUCAUUUUUGGCAAAAAGCUGCGCAUCAAGACAUCGGAUAAAGUUGCAAAGAGGCAGUAG